AUUUUUUUUUGAGCUUAUUAAUUUUUUGACUUUGAUUUUUUUAAAGGAAUAAUUUUCCCAUAAAAAAAAUGGCCAAAAAAUUGACAGCUAAAAUUGGACCAUCAAUAUUGAACGCAGAUUUAUCAAUCCUGUACGAAGAGUCAGCAAAAUUAGUAACAAAUGGAGCGGACUACUUGCACUUGGACGUAAUGGACGGUAAUUUUGUUCCCAACAUGACCUUCGGCCACCCUGUUGUGAAAUGCUUGCGCAGGAAAAUCAAGGACGUAGUCUUCGAGACCCACAUGAUGGUGACGAAACCUGAUCAGUGGAUUGAACCGAUGGCUGACGCCGGAGUUGACCGGUACAUUUUUCAUGUUGAAUCAGCUGAUGAUGUCAAGGCUGUUUGUAAGAAAAUAAGAGAAGCUGGUAUGAAGGUUGGAGUGGCUCUGAAUCCCGGAACUCCGGUGGAUGUAGUAACAGAGUAUGUUGACUUGGCGGACAUGGUACUGGUGAUGACAGUUGAACCUGGGUUUGGCGGGCAGAAGUUCAUGGAGAGCCAAAUGACCAAGGUCAAGUGGCUCAGGGAGAAUUAUCCUGAUCUGGAUAUUGAAGUUGAUGGUGGAGUUGGUCCUAGCACUAUUGAUAUUUGUGCUAAGGCUGGAGCAAAUAUGAUAGUCUCAGGAACAGCUGUGAUAAAUUCACCCGACCAAAAAAAGACAAUAUCAACCCUAAAGGAAUCAGUUACAAAAUACUUAACAAACUAAAAAUUGUUAACACUCUAAAAAUACAAGAAUAAAAUAUAUAUAUUUUCCGUUACCUAAU